UCCCUUGAUUCGUUGGCUGGAAAACCAAAUUCCCCUUUUAUGAUGCUCUAUUUUUCUUUCCAAACACGGUUUCGAUCUUGGCUUCGGGAUUACGAUAAGAUUCAAACCAUUGCUGUUAUUCUCAUAUACAUUCAAAUCGGCUGCGCGUUGGUUGGAUCUCUCGGCGCAAUGUACAAUGGCGUCUUGCUGAUCAAUUUGGCAAUAGCAUUAUUUGCCCUUGUUGCAAUUGAAAGUAGCAGCCAGAGCCUUGGCCGGACGUACGCUGUUCUUCUUUGCUGUGCUAUCCUGCUAGAUGUCUCGUGGUUCAUUCUCUUCUCCGACCAGAUAUGGAACAUUUCUCCUAAGUCGUACGGAACCUUCCUUAUCUUUUCAGUGAAACUUGCUCUCUCAAUGCAAAUAGUUGGGUUCUCUGUGAGGUUGGCAUCUUCAUUAUUAUGGAUUCAGAUGUAUAGAUUGGGAGUUUCAUCUGUAGACAAUACAGCUUCUCAAGAAGAAGAUUCUGAUUUAAGGAAUAGUUUUGUGAAUCCUCCAGCUCAUUCCAUGGCUAGAGAGAGAUCUGAUUUUGACAGUACAUUAGGAGGCUCUAUUUAUGACCCUGCUUACUACUCAUCUCUCUUUGAAGAUGCUCAUGAUAAUGGAUAUCAGUAAGCAGGUAACAGAGGGGACUAAGCUCCGACGGAAUGAAAAAAAAUGGGGAGAUCAUUGACCCAACUUGUGAGCUUUCUGACUUCAUCUGGACAUGCUACUGCUAUCAGCAGCUUUAUGAUCAGGUCUCUCCUCUCAGAGCUGAAGGUGGAUUCUAAGAGAGUCCUAUUUUAGAGUCUUUUGGUGUAUUUUCCAGGAUACGCCAAAGUCAGACCUUGUGCAAGAAAUUAUUCAUAUUAGUGAAAAGUUAAAUGCUGGCUCUUGCUUACACCCAUUUUUUCAGAAAAUUGUGGGAAGAGAAAACUGAGGGACAAGUUGACAGAAGUUGAGGAAUAAGAUAAUCUCAGGGCACAGGGUAAGCGAAGUGAGGAAUAAAAUCAUCUCACAGAUCCUUCCUGUAAUUUUCUUUUCUUUUCUCUAGACAGUAACAAGAGCAAAUAUUAGAAAUCCCCCCCCCCAAUACAAAUGCAGCCUAAUUGUCAAUAUUUUUUUUUUUUUUUUU